AUGAGCGCAACGGGUGCCUUUCUCUUGCAUCAGUUUCCCCAACUGUUGGUCUCAUCAUCCGCAGACUUGACGAUAGUGGUGGACAAUGCGCGAGGCCGGGGCUUUGAGGUUCAACUUAAGAAAGAAGGAGAGAUGAGUUUGUCGUCUUCGCACAGUUGUCGAUGGCAGCCGCAUACCAGUAGUAGAACUGCAACGGCCGCCGCCAGCGUUCCACCAAGUCCUCCCGCACGACGAAGUCAAAAGGCUAGCAAAGAAGAAACCACCAGGUGGAUCAGUAGUCCCGCAAUGUCGAGCAAACAGCAAGCUAAGCUACCCACUAGAUCUGUCCGUACAGGUACCGGUACCACUGCCGCUACCAAGAAGGUUGUCAGGCCACUUGCUACUACUGGUACAAAGCAGCAGCAUGCAGAAGCCGCUUGA